AUGAAAGAUCGACGACUAGGUGGUUCUGCCGACGAGGAUGAAGAAGCGCUCCUGCCAGACUCGGACAAGGAAAUUGAACAAAAUCCAACGACCAUUUCGAGAUGGCCUAUUGUUGUUAGCUUUGCCUUGAACGUCUGCUUUGCACUGGUCGCUGUUGUGCUCAUCGGGCAGCAUUUCUUCCUGGACAAGAAUUUCGAGUGCACAGCCCGGGUAUCACAGAACAGUAGGUUCAGUCCUUUGAGACACCGCACUCUGCUGACCUACAUGAUAGCGCCACUUCUCGAACAGAUCGACCUUUCAUACAAUGUAGUCAGGUUCAACGGCUCAUUUCUCAAAGAAAACGAAUAUCGAAAACAAGGCAGUCCCGAGGUGGAUGCGGCAUGGGAAGCACUCGGGGUCAAUUGUAAGGCAAAACUUGAAACUUGCAUGCAAUACAGCUCUGAUAAGAAGCGUGAAAAACAGAUCGAUCAGUGGUGGUACCUGAAAAACAAGCGAACCAAGCAGGGUUCCGCCAUGAUCAAGUUAAGAUCAAUCCCAAACAUGGAGGAGGAUUUCCAGCCAAUGUCGAAGGUCUUCAUCAUCUCCACUGCCUGGUAA